GAGGGAAGAAGGCUGGGUCUCGUCAAGAGCUGGAGGUGUGUUUCUGGGCCCAUUUUCCGGUUGAGGGUUCUGCUUCCUCUCUGCCUCAACUCCCCUCGGGUCACGUUAUAGAUCAAUCCAGCUGCGUAGAAGCCAUGAUUGUCUGAAGAGUGCUGCCAAUCGUCAAAGUCGCCACGUAGAUUCAGACCGUUCCAGUAUCCAACUUGCCACACUUGAUCUGCCCUUGCCCUGACCCGAGUCCUGUUGUAUCCGUCAACAUGUCUGGAGAACCAGAGCCCCGUCGAUCCGUGAGAGCCACUAAGGGUCAGCACACCAAGGCCUUCGACCAGCUCGAGAACGGCCCAGAGCCGCCGAAGCGUCGCCAGACGAAGAAGGGCGGCAAGAAGGCGGCUGAGAAAGAUGAUAGGCAAGACGAGGACGAGGAGAUCAUCCGCUGCAUCUGCGGCGCAACCACGCAGGACGACGACGACGUCAACGAGCCGUGGAUCGCUUGCGAUAAGUGCGGCGCCUGGCAACACAACGUCUGUAUGGGGAUGAGCGUCUUUACCGAGGAUUUAACUAAGGAUUAUUUCUGCGAGCGAUGCGCGCCCGACGACCACAAGGUUACCCUCGAGGCCAUUAAGAAGGGGGAGAGGCCGUGGGAGGGCCGUCGGCAGAAGCACGAAGAGGAGAAGAAGCGGAAGAAAGGGGGCAGGAAGAGCAAGGGGAAACGCGUCAGUGACACGAAGGAGCGCGCGUCCCCGAGCGCCACUGCGAAUAGGGCGAAGCCAUCUCCGACGCCAGAUUGGAAGAGGGAAGAGAGCGCUCCGGAAUCGGCCGCCAAGGGGAAGCGCAAGUCUCGAGAUCACUCCCAGGGACCGCAGAACAAGUUUCGCAAGGUCUCGGAACCGCAGGCGGCCCCGCCCGCUCCGAAAUACACGCCCCCGAGCGAUCUCCCAGACAGCAUUCAAAAGCUUGAAGGGCCGCGAAGGCAAGCGGCGUUGGGCCUGCAGAAAUCCCUCGACAGCGCCAUCGACCAAGCUGAGAAGAAGAAGCUAUACGUCGUCCCUCAAGGCGCCUCGAAGAAAGGCAUCACGGAGCGCCUAGCCAUCGAAAUCGAACGUGCUUUCCAGGACACCCACCCUAACACCUCGCACAAUGCAUCCCAGCUUCGUACACUUUUUUUCAGUCUCAAGAAUAACCUGGAGUUGGCUGUUCGGGUGCUCAACCGGUCGUUGCCGCCGACAUCGUUUGUUGUGAUGACCGGCGACGAGCUCGCGACCAGGGAGAUGCAGCGGGAGACCGCCGAGAUGAAGGCCCGCGCCGAGAAGCAGUCUAUCCUGAUCACAGACGACACCCCGCGGGUCCGACGAACCCACAAGGGAGAAGAAGUCGUCGAAGCCGACAAUAUUGCAGGCGAAGACGACGAAAUCCCAUCCAAUCUCCGCCGCCAAGGCAUUAGGGAGGCGAGCGAGGCUAGAAACGGAAGCAACGGGCCUUCAUCAGCCAACGGAUCAGGAUCACCUUCGAACUUCGGUAGGCGGUCCAGCUCGUCAGUGGGACCGCUCCGCGUGGAUACCCAGGUGGCUCAGCAAUCUCCCAGGAAGUCGGACUUUGAUAUCGGCAAGGUCUUUUCCAGCAUUCAGUCCCCACCGCCGUCGCAUCAGAGACGGGCAUCGACCCAGGUUCUAUCCGCCGGUCCUGGAGAUGACCCCGAGGUGGAUCGGCUACUCCAGGAGGACGGCAACGACUCUCCCCCAUAUUCCCCAACUGAGAACAUAGAUCCGGAUGUCGUCUGGCGUGGUCCCCUCGUCAUGACUAACGUGGCCGACAUUGCUACCGUCGCGAGACACGUUGGCGGGGCCGAUCUCAGCAAGGCCAAAGGUAUCGCAUGGAAAGACCUGAUCCCGCCUAUGCUUACUGUUGCCGGUCGAAUUCCGGAGGAGAAGGCGAUCCCUUACUUAUGCGGUUUACGAUACAAUAACCAGAUCGACUUGGUGAUUACGAGCUUGUCCCCGGCCCAGUCUACAGAUGCCAACGCACGCCGGCAGUUCUUAGCCGUCAUCGACUACUUUCAAUCGAAGAAGAGAUACGGCGUCGUUGGCGAAAGAAGACUCGGCAAUGUGAGAGAUACGUAUCUAGUGCCAGUCCCAGAAGGCGACGGCCCAAUACCAGAGCCGAUGCAAAAUAUCAGCGACCAUCUCAUCCCUCUGAAGCGUUCCGAGCCCAUGCUUCUCAUGGUAUUUGUUGUCCGAGACGAGAAGCAGCCUCAUAUCCCGAUCGAUCAACAACGCUCAGAGAUUCAAAAAGCCGCUUCAGUAACGUCGCCCCCGAGUGCAUCGCUACCGCCGAGGACUCCGUCAUCCUCGGUAGGUCCAUCGUGGUCCCCUGCUACUCCGCAAGGGCCCUUCAGCAACCAGACUUUUGCGCCGCCCCUGUAUAAUCAGACACCCGUGCCGGUGCCGAAGAUCCCGGGUCAUACCGCACCUCCCAUGCUGCCCCGCCAGACUCCACCCGUUACUCAACCGCCGGUUUCUCAAGACCCCAACGUUCCAGCCUUGCGAGCUGCCCAGGUAGAGGGGGAGACGAUGGCCCGUAAAGUGCUCGGACCGCUCUUCUCCUGCCCCUCGGUUACCUUCUUGCUCCCUCACGCCGCCCGUAUGAAGGAAGGCGAGUGGGCUGCUAUUCGCCGAUGCCUUGAACGCAAUCCGCGUGCCCGCGACGACCUCCAGCUCCUCAGUAAGCUCCUCACCGAUGAGGGUAACAGUCACAAAAAUGGGCCGCCCGCCGCAGCAGCAUCCCCUGGUAUCGUCCAGACCACGCUUGCCGCUGCCGCAAACGAAGGUCCGCCGCCGGCAACCCAGCCGAAGGCAUGAUUGCUGUUAUUCGCCAACCGCACACCCUGUUUUUGUUCGAGUAUACAUCUGUUCCGCGUGGAACGCUGUUUGUCGCCC